UUCAGUUGUGAUCGGUGCGCUGAGGUGAGAGGUUAGCGCACGCGCAGUCGCAGUGUGGCAGUGUUCGGUUCGUAGUUCACAUCAUCUCGUGUCGUGUUCGCUGCAGCUGCUAUGUGUCGUCAUCGUGCCACCAGCUUUCUCUUGUGGCAAUUCGCUAACUGAAUAAUUUUGUUACUCGUGUAAAAAUCCCCGAUUAAACCCCUUCGCAUCGCACGUGAUCAAGUUCUGGUUGGUUCUCGUUUCAUCGCCGUAAACGUUGACAACAACUGCCGCUGAAUUUUUGUUGUGGAGGAUUUGGGAAAUACUAUUUUACACGUUCAUGGUGCGCACAAAGUCGACUAGUGUACAGUCGAUGGUGGUAGGGGGCGCAGUGGGGCCGAAUGGGGCUGGCAGUGUGCGCAUGCGUGGGCGAUGCUCAGGUGGCUGUCAUCGGUGACGCAGCCUCCAUCAGCACAUCAUCAUCAGCCUCAUCACCAUCAUCACCAUCAUCAUCAUCAUCAGCCUCCCCCUCGCACCACUCUCACCGAUGACCCUCUAGCCACCUGCAUCACACUGCAUCGCAACAGCCAAGUCUACGCCGUGUCCAGAGUGAACCCGCUAUACAGCGAAGACGAGUUUGGCGUAGUGAGCGGCCAGGGAGGAAGGGUUGUGAUAGGAGGCGGCGGAGACAAGCGAGAGGCGGCUGUCGGAGGCGGCGGCGGAGGUGGCAGUAGCGGCUACUCGAGUCGCCGAAGCAAGAAUAGCGGGGGCAGUAGUGGAGGCAGUAAAAAUUCGAAAACAUUUUUAAAAAAGUUAUACUCGGGGGGCAGUGACGGCAGUGGGAGCGGGGGCAGUGGUGAGUGGUCGCUGAGUCCGAUUCCCGAGGGGCAGUUGCCGCCUCUCCAAGUACCGCGCCCUGUGUGGCCCCCGCGCCGCCCCCGACUGUUGAUCGACAGCAGUGCGCAUGCGUACAGCGGAGGCGGCAGCAGUAGUGAAGGCAGCAGCAGCGAUGGAGGCGGCAGCAACAUGCACGCACUCGCACACGCGCACACACCCGAGCACCUGCUCAGGACUCUCUCCCACACCAUCAGUCUGGCCGUCGACCAGAAGGCUAUGCCGCCUGAACAGGUAUUGCGCACACUGGGCGAAACAAUCAACCGCAGCCUGGAGGCGAUUUCGCUUGCCACAGCAGCCGCCUCCGGCUCCGCCCCCGGGGGUGGCAGGGAGCCUCUCUACCACGACUCUAGUUCGGCCUCCAGCAGCGGCUUCUCCGACCUCACCGCCACUCCGCCCUCAUCCUCGUCCUCGGCCGGGGGACAAGCCAUCUACGACAAGCCACACUCGUCGCUGCGAGGAUACGAGAAGCUCAUCCGCCCGCCACCGCCGCUCUACGAGGCACCUCCUGCGCCCACAACUAAGCACCACUCAAAAACCAAUCCUUUUAUGUGCCGUGGUCCAGACUUCACCCUGGACGCCCAUCAAGCCGAGCUGCUCAUGCGCAAACUGAAGCAAAGCAAACGUCAGCGCUGCUGGUGUCGCGCUGUGACGUCACUCAUGGCUCUCUUCUUCUUCCUCUUCUCUGUGAUGCUUGUUAGCAUGCUGCUGACACGUGGAAAACGCUUCUUCGGCUCUUUAUAACAACUCUGCUGUCGGCCUGUCACCUGUUGCAGGCCACUGAGCUAAAUAAGAACUGGAGGUAGCACUGGAAAGGCUACAAUAUCAGACAAUAGUCGUGUCUAAUUUUGCUUGGUUUGCUAGAAGUUGAGGAUGAUUUCCGAACGAGCUUUAGGCGGUAUCUUAGGUCCAUAAGCAUAACCUGUGUGUAACAUUAAUCUAAGUUUACAUGAGGAUAUAGUAACAUCAUAAUUAUGUGUUUUAUUCCUGGUUUAAACCAACAGGUGAUCGAUAUCCUCUUGAACUGAGAAGGUGUAUAUGGCCCUAAGUAUUUUAGGUUGGAAAUAAUGUGAGGACAGGUAGAAACAAUUGGAUACAAUUUAAUGGUAUUGGAAAACCAUUUUUAAAAAUUAGAUGGGACGCUACUUUCUUAAUCAGUGCUACCUCUAGAGCUCUGUGGUCGCAGUCUACUAAACUAGCUCCACUUGAUGCAGCACUGUGUCCAAUCUAAUAUCAUCGAGUGUUUUUUGUCAAACUCAUUUUCUCUAUUCAAAAGUUUCAAAUAGUACCUAAGGAGCGUUUGGGAAUCUUCCUUAACUUCUUGCCGACUGAACAAGAUGAGACAGAACAGAGAACACUUCUGGAAUAUUAUCAGCCCCCAGUUAGCUUUGUGGUAUUUAGCUCAGUGUUGCAGUCAGCACUGCAGUCUUAUUGGGUCGCGCUUAGUUACCACUAUAAUGAUGACAAUAAAUGAAAUGAUUCCAUAGAAUGUUGGAGUGUCUCAACCGGUUAUUAUGAAGGAAUGCGAUAAUUGGGUUUCUUCUUGAUGUGUGAAAUUUUUAAUUUUUUUAUCAAUUGAGAACAAUUUUCAUUUGAAUUUACUAAUCUGUAAAUCCGACUAAAACCCUAAAAAAUUGAGUUUUUUCAACUGCUGAUGUGGUACCAAGUACGCAAAUACUCUCUAAUAUGGAAAGAUUGAUGCUGCUGUCUUCUAUAAUUCAUUCAAAAAUGAAACAUCAAUUUUGAUCAGCCUUAUUCAUAUGAUUUAGAUUUAAAGACAAAUUCAUUCAUAAAAAUCCAUUUCGGCAUAUAAUUAUAAUAGUUUGUAGAAAAUUUGAUGAGAUUUAAUAUUUUUAUGAAAAAUGAUAAUAAUUUUCCUUUAAUUAUAACUAUUUGUGGAAUUGAAUUUCAAUUCAAUCAUGCUUUAAUAAGUUAAUUAUCCUUACAUUCUGAUUUGCAAGAUGCAAAUUUAAUCAUCACCACUCAAUUCCACUUUAUGUAAGCUUUGUCCACAUGCCCGUAAUACAUUAGAACACCAGGCUGGAUGCCGGACAUAAAGUGUCCGAGCGAAUUGCGUUCCCAUCGCUUUCAUUACACCAGGGACAGCAGCGGUUCUAGUGGGCAGUCACCAGUAGGUCUAUAGUAUCCGGCUGGUAUCUCAAUCGGAUCGACAGCCAAGCCACCGCUGAGACACCAUUAGUGUCUCACUGGCGUAUUGGUGUCCCAACACAUCAAAUUUCUAUGGCUGAUGAAUAAUGAUUAUUGGAAAUUUUGGAUGUAGCCUAUAAGAUACGCUAGUAGAUUUGAUAGGGAAUGAAACUUUUAAAUUCAAUUAAAAAUGUACAUAUAAGAUGAACUAUAACAAGGGGCCUUAGAUAAGAAAGAUAUGCUCAGAUUGUUAUAGUAUGCUAUAGUUUUCAAAAGUCACCCUAAUUUCUUGCUUUGCUUCACUCGUGUAUUUAUCCUAAAAUACACCAUAAUAUUCAAAUCGAUUCAGAUGAAAAUAACCAAGCCAGAAUGAAUGGCGCAGAAAAACCAUUACAUGCAUAAAUGAAUAUAUUAGCGAUAACAAUAAACCCGUUAAUCUAGUAAACAGGUUCAUUCUGUUUUUUUAUAAGCACAAUAAUUUUUUAAUUAAGACCAAAAUGUUGGAAUUUUCCAAAACGUAGAAAUAUUGUUGAGACACUCUCCAUGUUCCAUGGAAAUCGAAGUUCAUAGAACUUAUUUAGAAUCUAAACUAUUAAUAAUAACUCACUCAGCAGUGUUUUUGAAAGAUUUAUAUACUUUAAAAUACUCUUUAGUGCCUUCUCACAAUGACAUCAAAAUCUAUUGUGAAUGACAAGAAUCUUUUCCAUCUAUGGUCAAAUGCUAAAACGAUACUAUAAAUAGGAUACCUAGAACAUGAGGAUUAAAUAUGAACACUUUUUGCAGUGAAGUAAUAAGUUUCCCUAACCAUAAAUUUCCACUCUUUCUUCAUAUUUUGAGCUUCGUUUUAUUAAACACAUAAUAUUACUAUUAACAAAUUCAAACGUUCUCUCUGUUGGGAUACGGAUUAAAUCCAGUAUUUCUGUCUGUGGAGGUCAUUCAAUUCCAUAGAAAAUGUAAUUCAAUAAAAUUAUCUUAUUGACUAUAAUAUAUAUUAUUAUU